CCUUCGAAGUAAAGGAUGAUGGAGCUUGACAGAGAUGACUGCCAAAGUGAUGAGUCCACCGUGGAAGAUGAAGAUGACGCCACGUAUUCACUUGGUGACCUGAGUUGUGGGGAUGUUCAGCUGUGGGCUACAGAUCGAUGUAAGAGUGGUAGUGCCAUCAUGGUGUACAGGCCUAUGGAAGGUGCAGUGAUCCAUGGAAUUUGCAAACUGCUGACAAUGAGACAGGCGAGUGUUACUGAGGCGACGGAGUCAUUCCUGCAUGUUAUUACGACACGGUUACAGAAGGCAUCAGGUACUGCAAAUCUGCUACGCCAGGAAGUGUGCCAGCUGAAGGCAUGCAAGGGUGCUGAUAUUUCGCAAGCAUGGCAACAAAUGCUGUCCGUCAUCGCAACAGCUAUUCCCGAAGUGAAAAUCAAUUGUGAAGAUUUGGAAGUUACAUCUGCAGUGCUAGCGAAUCUGAUAAGCUACCUGCAUGCCACGGCUGCCGCUGCUAUCAGGAAAGCGUCAAUAGCACCAUCCAAAGCUGCUGAAGCCAUCCCCGAACCGGUGAUUGACAAUUUGUCUCACCUUGCUGAAAAGUACCAUGGUGGUUGGUGCUUGGUGGCCGUGCGGCGUGAGCUGGAAGGAGCAAGGUGUCGCAACGACAACUUGCUGCAGCUUAUACCUUUAUUUGGCAAGGAUGCCGUGACAAGCCUUCAGCCUUGUUUGGAGAAUUUUGGAGCCAUUCUCCAAACAUCUGAGCAUCAAGCGUUGCCCAGAAAUGACCAACCGCUCAGUGACCAUGGCUAUGCAGCACCCAUAGCUGCAACACAGCAUGAAGAGCAGAAGCAUACGUUUGUACUUGUGCCUGCUGCAUGCUCCUUGUUUCACCAGCUUAAUUUAAUAACCCAUUCCCAGUUCCCCAGCAUGCUCAACACACACAAGCAACACGCCGUGAGUGCAAUGCAAGAGCACCUGGAAGCAAAUCUCCUCAUCCGCCAACUGUUUAAUGAUAUAGUCCAAGAUAAGAAUCGCAGUUAUGACUUCCUGAAACUUGUUAUCCGGUACUUCAUGAAGAGCAAGCAGAAGCAGCUUUUGAAGCAGUAUGGACUAUCGCCGGCUAACCAGUCGAUUGCAUUGCGCACAGGUUUGAGGCAGCAUGAAAAGAAAAAGAAGCGUCUCCUCAGGCCCCACCAGCUGAAGGCAUCGUGCGGCAGAAACUGCGGAUGA